AUGGCAUCUCCAUCCACUACAGUCAAUAGUGCAACAUUAGAAAAUCUUGUUAAAUGUGCUGUAUGUUUAGAUUAUUACAAUGAUCCACGCUGCCUUCCAUGUUCACAUACGUUUUGUUAUCAAUGUAUUGAAAAAUUGUGUGAAGAUGGAAUGGGUCAAUGUCCUAUGAGAGAUAAUUCGAUUAUUUUUCGACAUACAAUUGAUCAAUUGCCAGUUAAUCGAAUAGCUAAAGAUCUUGUGGAAUGUAUCAAGAAAUCUUCUUUAUCAGGAAGAAAAUGUGAUCAUUGUAAACAAAUCUUAUCCGAAUUUAUCUGUGAAACUUGUUCAAAACAUUAUUGUACGAUAUGUCUUAAACUUGAACAUGAUAUUAAUCAAUUUCAAACUCAUCAAAUUAAUAUUAUUUUUAAUGAGAAUUCAAAGAAUUUCUGUCCAGAACAUACUGAAGAAAAACAAAAAUAUUGGUGUACUCUAUGUCAACAAAUUGUUUGUAGUGAUUGUCUUUUAUUUAAACAUCAACAACAUACAUUUAUUACAUUAGAAGAUUUUGCACAAAAAACUAAAAUUGAACUUAAUUCAUCUAUGCAACAAAUUAUCGAAAUGAAACAAAAUCUUGAAAAACUACGUCACAAAACAACAGAGGCUUAUCGACAUCAUUGCCAUACACAUAUUAAAACAAAGAAUCGCAUUAAACAGACUAUUAAAUAUUUACAAGCACUUUUAGAUGCACGAAUGGAAUAUUUAAUUACUACAACUACAGAAAAAUAUCUCACUCAACAACAAAUUAUUCGACAACAGAAAACUAAUGUUGAAGAACAUUUAAAAAUUGUUUUAAUCAGAGAAUUAUUUCUAAAACACGUAUUAAAUAUUGAAGAUCAUAUCAAAUUAAUUCAAAUGAAAAAUGAUUUAAUCACUUACAAUCAAUUAAUUACAGACCAAUAUCAACAAUUAAUUGAAGGUUGUUUUUUUGACCUUCAACAUUUUAAUAUCCAAGAUGAUCUAAAAAAAAUACAACAACUAAUUGAAGAUUUUGGUUUCAUGUCAAUAGAAACAUUUUUAACUAAUUGUAACGAUAUUCAACCAUUACUAAAACUAUCAGAAUUAUCGGGUGAAGAAAAAUAUCAACCAUUUCAAGGAAUUUAUGCUUAUGGAUAUCGCUUUCAUUUAACUGCACCAUUACAAAUAAAUGCUGUACGAGUCAAAGUUGCAUUAUUCGAUCAGAAUUUAACGCUAUAUAUCUUAGAUUAUAAUGAUAUUCUCAUACAGAAAGAAAUUAUCCAAACAAAUGACACAAACUCUACGACAUUGAAAUGGUUAACUAUCCCUAUUACAUGUCAAAUUCAGCAUAAUUAUUAUAUUUUUAUAUGGACACAGCCUUGUCAACAGUCUAUACCAUUAAUUGCUUAUAGAGACUCUACCAAUAAUUUACGUCAAAUAAAUAAACAAGUUUCGAUUAGGAGUAAACGCGCUCAAAUCAAUAAAUCGACAAAUAUCGAUAUUAAUACUAAGUUCGAUGUGCUUUACGAUGCACUUUUAAAUAAUGAUGAACGAAGUCAAACAACAAUAUCAGCCAUAGAAAUGAUUUUAGACAUUUAG